UUUCUUUUUUGAAUGCCAUUUUGGACUUAGAAUUUAGAUAUAACCAUGAAUAUUUUUAGAUUAUGGGCGUUACAGAAUUUUCAUUCAAGACAAAUAUUUACAUUUUCAAAACUUAGAAAAAGAACUUAACAAUAUUUAAUCUGAUUUUAAUACCUAAUUUUUCUUUUCGUUACAGAAAAUUGGCCACAUUUUUGAAUUUCAAACAUCUUAAAACCAAUUUAAAACAAGCCAUUCUACUAGAUUAUUAUGUGUCUGGAUUUUUGUGGGCCAGAGGCAUGGAUUUUUCUAUUAUUCAGUGUUCAAAAUUUAUGACUUUACUAGAUAUGUUGCUUCAUAAUCUUAGAACGCUGCACAUGUCCUUAGAAGAUAGCUUACGAUGGCUUGGAGAAGUUAUGGCUGAAAUCGGACCAUCUCAUUUACAGAAAAAUGAGAAAUGGAAUAUCUUUGAUGUAAGACAAGCCAAAACUGUCAUUAAUUACUUCAAAAUCAGUUUAUUUCAACACUACAAGCUAUAUGAGUUUCUAUUCUACUCUACCAGGGAAGAAAUUGUGAUAGGAACUGAGCAAAUGAUAGAGGUUGUCAAGCCUUCAGGUGGCCUUUUCCCCAACCCUCUAGAAGAAGGAAUCUCAUUUGAUAUUUACUCAACAUUCAUAAAGCAAGCCCCAACACUGGACAUAGAAAUGAAGAGAUUGGAUCAAGAGCAAAGCCCUACGGAGUCCCACCCAGCAGCCACCACUUCAGAAACAGAUGCUUUAGUUGGUUUCACCAUUGAAGAUGUGAAAUCAGUGCUGGCUCAAGUCACAGAUGACAUUUUAAUCAGCCUUCAGACCGAGAUAAACGAAAAGCUGCAAGUACAGGAAGAGGCCUUUAAUGCGCGAAUAGAAAAAUUGAAAAAGGCCUGAGGACUCAGUACAAAGCGAGUGAUGCUAACCUCCGCAGAAACAAACAGGCCCAGUCAGAAUAAUAGGCUCUCUGGAGCAUCGUAUCUCCUUUAUUUAUUUGGGAGGGGAAAACCAAGCCCCACUUUUUAUUAUCCUAAAUAAUUAGAAAAAUAUUGGCCCCAAUUUCGCUAUCUCCUGUCCCAUAACAGCCUAUGAAUUUAUGGCACUGAGUGUAAUAAGAACAUUUUGUAUACAAGAGUUUGGAGAAUUACAUAUAAAAAUACAAUUACUUUUACAACACUCCUUUGACAUUUUGACUAAUAAAUGUUAUUCAUCUUCAAGUAGAAAGAAGCCAACAUUUUUAAAUAAAGACAAAUAAUGAUAAUUUUA